GUAUGCUAAUUGCAAAAAUAUACCCCAACAAGCUCCUCUCUCUACACAAACACACACUGUGUCCCUUUUUCCUUUUUCUUUUUCGUUUGGCUCGUUCUAGAACGUCGGAUUAUUCCUAUUGGUCUUAAUCCAACGGUCGUGAUCCAACUUGAUAGAAAGAGUCUCGUCGUCUCUCAACCACCAGAUUAUUUUCUCUCCCUCCCCCUCCCUCUCGCUCUCCGCGUCAAACCCGAAAUCGACCAAGAGACCAGAUCUUCGAUCCGCCUCCGUCGCCGUCGGUUUCUUACGAUUGAGCCGCCUUUUCGAACUGUCUUCUCCGUUUUACUUUUCCUCGCCGGAGUUUGUUUAUCAUCUACGGAGAAAAAGAAAUUGGGAUUGAGAAAAUUUUAGGGCAUUUUCGUAUUUUCGUUGGACGAUCCGAGGAACCCUAUUGAGAGUUUGAUUGCUGCCCCUCCACCGACACCGUCAGUGACGCUGGUGUCUUCAGAGGGGAUACAUCUUUUGAUUCGUGUUAUUUUAGCAUCUUCUUCAGAAACAUAUUUCACUAUCUUGGAAUUAUACACUGUUUAUGACUAUACAUACAAGAUGGCUUCAGAAGGAAAAUUGUUAUUUGAUCUUAAUGAACUUCCUACAGAAGAUGAUGAUUUAAACUGCAAUCAGCCACAGAAGACUACCUCAUCUGCAAACCCUAAUACCUCUGGCUUGCUGGCAACACCAACGUGCUCCCAAGAUAAAGUAAACAACCGAGUGUUCUUGCAUGCAUCAACAGUGUCUGGUUUUCAGCCUUUUGUCCGCCCUGUAGCUGGUCAACAUACGGAUGUAACAGUUGAACAAAAGAUGGACGAGGAUUCUCAUAAGGUUUCAUUGUCAUCGUCGAGGUCAGACACAGUUCAGGAAGCAAAGGUUGCAUCAUCAGUAGUAACGAAUGAUGCCGGAGCACCUGAGAGAGAAGAAGGUGAGUGGACGGAGUCUGAGGCCCCUGCCAACGAGAAUGUACAUAGUAGUUCCGAUUACAAGGGGAUAUUAUCACGAGAACCAGAAACUGGUGUCUCUUCUGAUAAUUCUAAAGUUACAGAGAAAGAUAAUAGCACAGUAGGAUUAGAUGUUAACUCAAACUCUGGUCUCCAAAAGAGAAACGCCAGCCUCAUAUCAGAAGGCAGUGCUAAAGAUAGUGCAUCGUCAGAUGGCUCGCAAGAGCAGGGUUUAACAGUGAAGCCGAGAGAAACUAAAGGAAUUGAAGCAAGUCAUGCAAUCAAGUGCGCAAAUACCACUGUGAAAAGAAAGAUGGAUCAACAGAAAGAGACGAUGUUGGGAAAGAAACGCAACAGGCAGACCAUGUUUCUUAACCUGGAAGAUGUCAAGCAAGCUGGUCCUAUUAAGACGACCACACCUAGAAGACAAAAUUUCCCACAACCUGUUGUCACACGCACAGUUAGAGAAUCUCGUGGAGGUCCUCCACUUGCUGAGCAAGGAGGCGGGAUUGUAUAUAGGGAUCAGAAGCCAAAUGACAUUCCUAAUGGUGGCAUACAUCCAGAAACGUCUGAACAGAAGUUAGAAUCUAAUGGUGAAUCACAAUCCGGCUUGGGUGGCAAAACUAGGAGGAUGAACGGGGAUGCAGGACCUUCUUCUGAUGGGACAUCGACAUCAGUGUCAAGGCAGGGUUCAUGGAAGCAGCCGAUAAAUUCACGGCAGUCGAAAGCUGGUCAUUCGUCAAAUAGACAAGUCUCCUUGAGCAGUCAAAGUUCUGCAGACUCAAAGUUCGGAAACAAAAAAUUUACCUCGUUCAAGAAGCCAGUCACAAAUAGUAACCAAUACCAAGAUACAUCUGUGGAGCGUCUUAUACGAGAGGUGACCAACGAAAAGUUCUGGCAUCAUCCAGAGGAUACUGAGCUUCAGAGUGUUCCUGAGCGGUUUGAAUCCAUGGAUGAUUAUGUUAGAGUGUUUGAGCCUUUACUUUUCGAGGAGUGCCGGGCACAACUUUACAGUUCGUGGGAAGAAUUAUCCGAGGCAAAUUCAUACAUGAAGGUCAGAAUAAAGUUCGUCGAAAGAAGAGAGAGAGGGUGGUAUGAUGUGAUACUUAACUCAGUAAAUGAAUGUAAAUGGGCUUUCAAGGAAGGCGAUGUUGCAGUUCUUUCAACUCCUGUGCCUGAAUCAGAAGGAGAGCAUGAGGAUGCUGGACGUGUAGCUGGUACAGUUAGGAGAUAUAUACCAGUUGAUACUCGAGAUCCUCAUGGAGCAAUUCUCCAUUUCUAUGUUGGAGACUCUUAUGACGUUGGCAGUAAGAUUGACGAUAAUCAUAUUUUACGGAAGCUUAAACCUAAGGAGAUUUGGCAUCUGACAGUGCUUGGUUCGCUUGCAACCACACAGAGAGAAUAUGUUGCUUUGCAUGCGUUUGGUCAGCUUAACCCACAGAUGCAAAAUGCAAUUCUCAGGCCCAGCGCAGAGCAGUUUCCUAAUUACGGGGAGCAGACUCCUACAGUGCCUGAUUGUUUUACUCCGAGCUUCGUUGGCCAUUUGCAUAGAAGCUUUAAUGCUCCACAGUUGGCAGCAAUCCACUGGGCUGCAAUGCACACUGCAGCUGGUACUAGCAGUGGGGUGAAGAGGCAAGAUCCAUGGCCAUUUACUCUUGUCCAGGGCCCUCCAGGAACAGGCAAGACACACACAGUAUGGGGAAUGUUGAAUGUUAUCCAUUUGGUUCAGUAUCAGCAGUAUUACACUUCCUUACUGAAGAAAUUAGCUCCGGAAAGUUAUAAACAAGUUAAUGAGAGCAAUUCAGAUAGUAUUGUGUCAGGGUCUAUUGACGAAGUCCUUCAAAACAUGGACCAGAAUCUAUUUCGUACUCUGCCAAAACUGUGCGCUAAACCAAGGAUGCUCGUUUGUGCCCCUUCAAAUGCUGCGACCGAUGAACUUCUCUCACGUGUCCUUGAUCGUGGUUUUAUUGAUGGGGAAAUGAGGGUUUAUCGACCUGAUGUGGCUCGAGUAGGUGUUGAUACUCAAACUAGAGCUGCUCAAGCAGUUUCUGUGGAGCGAAGAAGUGAUCAGCUAUUAGCUAAGUCCCGUGAUGAAAUUCUUGGACACAUGCACAACCUCAGAAUAAGAUUAGCUCAGCUAUCUCAAGAUAUUUCUGGACUUAAAAGAGAACUUACUGCUGCAGCUUUUGCUAACCGUUCACAGGGAUCUGUUGGCGUUGACCCAGAUGUUCUCAUGGUUAGAGAUCAGACCAGAGAUGCAAUGUUACAGCGCCUUUCUGCUGUGGUUGAAGCCAGAGAUAAAGAUCUUGUUGAAAUGUCUCGCCUUCUUAUUGUCGAAGGAAAAUUUCGCGCUGGUUAUAAUUUUAAUCUUGAAGAAGCUCGCGCAAGUCUUGAGGCAAGUUUCGCUAAUGAGGCUGAAAUUGUUUUCACAACUGUAUCAAGCAGUGGUCGUAAACUGUUUUCUCGCCUGACGCAUGGCUUCGAUAUGGUGGUCAUUGACGAGGCUGCCCAAGCUAGUGAGGUUGGAGUUCUUCCUCCCCUUGCUCUUGGUGCUGCACGAUGUGUACUUGUCGGUGAUCCGCAACAGCUUCCUGCUACAGUUAUUAGCAAAGCUGCUGGAACCCUUUUAUACAGCAGAAGUCUCUUUGAAAGGUUUCAGUUAGCAGGUUGUCCAACUCUGUUGUUAACUGUUCAAUAUAGGAUGCAUCCUCAAAUACGUGAUUUCCCUUCAAGAUAUUUCUACCAAGGACGCCUCACGGACAGUGAAAGCGUUUCCACUGCACCUGAUGAGAUUUACUACAGUGAUUCUGUCCUCAAGCCUUACCUUUUCUUUGAUAUCAGCCAUGGACGGGAAUCGCAUAGAGGUGGAUCGGUGUCGUAUGAGAACAUUGAUGAAGCUCGCUUCUGUGUUGGGCUGUACAUGCAUCUUCAGAGGACUCUGAAGUCAGUGGGCGGUGGUAAAGUCUCAGUCGGGGUAAUAACCCCAUAUAAACUGCAGCUGAAAUGCCUGAAAAUGGAGUUUGGAAAUGCUUUGGGCCAAGAUGAAGUGAAAGAGAUUUAUAUCAAUACUGUAGACGCGUUUCAGGGUCAAGAACGUGAUGUCAUAAUCAUGUCAUGUGUGCGUGCUUCCAAUCACGGGGUUGGCUUUGUUGCUGAUAUCCGGCGGAUGAAUGUUGCUCUCACACGUGCCAAAAGGGCCUUAUGGGUGAUGGGAAAUGCGUCUGCUCUGAUGAAGUGUGAGGACUGGGCAGCACUGAUCACCGACGCCAGAGCAAGGAACUGUUUUAUGGAGAUGGAAUCUCUUCCCAAGGAUUUUCCGGUUCCAAAGGUACCUAGCUUUAUCCCAAAAGCGCCUAAUGCUAGAGGUUUCAGAUCAGGUGGGCCAAGAACCAGAUCCAUCGAUAUGCACACUGAGUCCGGGUCAGGGACACCAUCAGAAGACGACGAGAAGCUGAGCACAACAACAUUUUCAAGAAAUGGAAAUUCUCGAAGGGAGAAUUCAGUUGAUGAUUCUGAUCAGUCUGGGGAUAGGUAUAGAGAUGCUUGGCAACAUGGGAUCCAGAGGAGGCAAAAUUUUGGACGGCCUUUAGGGAGAAGAGACUAGUUUGUAAAUCCAACUGCUCUGAAGUGUGUAAACUUCAUUCACUGGAGGAGCUAAACAUGGGACCCCGAGGCGGCAAAAUUUUGGACGGCCUUUAGGGAGAAGAGACUAAUUUGCAAAUCCAACUGCUCUCAACUUCAUUCACUGGAGGAGCUACUGUGUCUAUUUGAGAUUUCAGAGCACCCGGCACCAGCUCACGGGCUCACAGGGUCUUCGCCUUCUCACAUCUUUGGGGACGGGUACGGCUCGAAGACGGCUUGGGGACGUCUCGAAGACGGCUUGGGGACGUCUCGAAGACGGCUCGAAGAUGGCUUGGAGACGACUCAAAUACGGCUCAAAAACGGCUUGGAAGCGUGACGUCAGACAAUUUGGGAUACUAAAAAUAUAUUUAACUAGAGAAAUCUAAAAUUGUACUCCAUUUGUUUUUUUAAUAUAGGGUGUUUUAGAGUUUUUAGUAUAUUUCACAAUAGAAAAUGUUUUCAUAUUCAUAUGCAAAUCUUUAAUAUAAUUAAUAGUUUAUGACGGCCACUUAUA